AAUGUUAUAAUUGCUGCUUUGUGUGAAAACAUCUGUAAAUCAAGCUUUGAAACAUGCACUACAGAUAAACAUCACUGAUAUGUUAUCACAGCUAUUCAGUAUGCUGAGUUUUAUUUUUUGGUUUAACACCUGAAAUGAAAGAUUAAACAAAAUUGAAACCAGGAAUGCAGCUUUUAGUCAAAUCCUUCAUGUCAAGAAUGUGUUUUAAAGUAAUGAGAAGUAUUUAAAUGAAGCAGUGAACUGUCAGAAAUGUAAGCUACACAGCAGUGGUAUGGAUAGAUUAAAAGACUGUGUCCACAGAGUUUACUGCCAAAAUCAUAGGAUCCCUUUAUGGACACUGGUCUUAUUUUUGUAUUCAUUAUAUUAUCAUUCUACCUACUGUUGUCAUUUUCAGUUGUAAAGGCUUUUUGUAGCGCAUCAUAUUCACACAAAUGCCAGAAAGAAUUUGUCAUUAAACAAUUUAUAUCUUUUUUAAUAGUUAGAAGUCCUGAGCCGCUACUGUAGGCUUUUACUUUGAAAGGUAGUAAGCUUAUAGUAGCCUGUACGUGUUUGAAUAAUUCUAUUGUCAUAUCAUUGAACCAAUUCAUAGAUUUCAAAGGCAAACAUACAUAUUUGUUGUGGAUUUGUACUACGUUUUUAUAUCCCCAGACAAUAGAAAAAUAUUUGUAUUAUGCUUACAUUAUGCACAGUGGAAGUAUUUGGAUGCUGCUGCUUAACAAUGAUGAAAUGUACUGUAUUUAUCUUUAGUAUUUCCAUUUUCUUAUACUUCCACUGAAUUUUGGAGGCAAAUAUUUUACUUUUUACUCCACUGAAUUCAAGUUUCAAGUAACAGUCUAAUCUCUUCAGGCUUGUCAUUUCAGGUCUGACAACAAAAGAGACAGAAGGAGCUCAAAGUGCACACAACUUCAUAAGGGAUUAAAAGGUCAGAAAUAUAAUCUGGAGUUGGGCCAUUAACAGCUUUAGUGAUUAAUAAAAACUUAAAAUCAAUUCUGAAACAAACAGGGAACCAAAGUAAAGAGGCUGAAACAGGUGUGAUGUGCUCCUACUAAACCACAGACAGGUUAAACUUUACAUCUCUUUGUGGUUAAACUUUACAUUUAAUCAGGAUAAACUGACAGUUUCUCUCUUGUCAACACUGUGUGCUUGCUCUGGUUAGGUUUAGGCAAAAAACAUUGUUUUGUCUUGAAAUACCUCACUGAAUAUUUUCCUGAGGUAAAAUAUCCAGUAGUUUCAUGCUUACAAAUUGUAGCACCACAGACUGGAACUGUGUUCACUGGCAUGUAAAGUGAACGUGAUCUGACAUGUUUUGUAGAAAUGUCAAUAUGGUACAUAAUCUGACACAUACUCAUUUGGAUGUAUCAGUGGUUAGUAAAGACGUUAACUAAUAACAUUUCUAUCAGCAACUGGGUUACUUUACUUUUACUCAAGUACCUUUAGAGGCCAUAUCAAUCCAGUUAUUAUCUUCUUUCAAAACAUUAACUUAUUUAAAUAUAAUAACACAACUUAUUAAAGAUUGCUAUUUAUUCAAUGUUUAUCUCUCUCAUCCUUGCUAGGCUGAGAUUAACCCUCUGCACUAUGGAGAACCAGACUUUGGGUUCAGACAUUCUGCUCCUGGAGGGGUUAAAGGUCACCCCCCAGUCCUCCAUUCCUGCCUUCAUCCUCCUCCUCCUCAUUUACAUCUUCAUCAUGGUGACAAACAUCGGCCUGGUUGUCCUGAUCACCAUGGAGAGGAGCCUCCACCAGCCCAUGUAUCUGCUCUUUUGCAACAUGAGUAUUAAUGAUAUUUUUGGUGCCUCGACCAUCAUCCCUCGCCUGCUGAGUGACAUUUUUAUCCCAAGCACAGACCGCUACAUUCAUUAUGUCGAUUGUGUUAUUCAGGCUUUUUGUAGUCACUUCCAUGCAAGUGCCUCUCACACAGUACUCAUGAUCAUGACUUUUGAUCGAUAUGUGGCCAUCUGCAACCCACUGCGAUACACCACCAUCAUGACCAGGAAGAUGAUGUUGGCACUGUCGCUGUCAGCCUGGAUGGUGGCAUUAGUGAUGGUGCUGAUCCUUGUGGGCCUCAGCGUCCGCCUGUCCCGCUGCAGGUGGAUUAUAUUCAACCCAUUCUGUGACAACGCCUCCUUGUUCAAGCUGUCCUGUGAGAGCGUCCUAAUCAAUAACAUAUACGGCCUUGGCUACACGGUGGUUCUUGUGGGCUCCUCCAUCACCAGCGUCACUCUCACCUACCUGAAGAUUGCUGCAGUGUGUGUGUUCAGUAAAAACAAGGCUCUGAACAGCAAAGCACUGCAGACCUGCGCCACUCACCUGGCUGUGUACAUCAUCAUGUUUGUGUCGGGGGCCAUCAUCAUCAUCCUCCACCGCUUUCAGAACAUUUCAGAUCACAGGAAAAUGGCGUCCAUCUUGUUCCAUGUGGUCCCUCCGGCUCUUAAUGCAGUUAUUUACGGACUGCAAAUCAAAGCGGUCAGACAAAAGAUUUUCAUCAUGUUUACAAAGAAUACAAUGACUGUGACAGAUGUGAAAUGAGUCAAUGCUGAAUUAAAUGUAAAUAGCUGUAAAUAAAAUAGUGCCAUUAAAAUGGUCAGUCAUGCAAUUAAAAAAACUCUCUCUCACUUUUAGAUGUCAUGCAUGCAGGCCAGAGUCCUGGCUUGGAAGCUAAUAGCCUAAAAUGGCUGCUUCACCUGCUAGUACCACUAGCUAACACAAAUGUAGUCUCAAACUCCGUCAUGCUGAGGUAGUUUUAGCUUCAGGUGUUGGCUUACAACACCAAUUACACUGCAUACAGUCUGCUACCAUACUGAAAUCUAUACUGAUGUCAUUAGCAUGCUAAUAUGCAUGCUAGCAUGUUAAUGUGCUUAUUGUAAUUAGCGUCAUAGCUUGCUUCCUAAUGAACAGUAUUAAAACCAUACAA